AUGGUGCGCUGGCAAUAUCGGAAGAUAACCGAUUGGUUCCCCAGCGACGCCGUUUUGGCGGGUCACGAUAUCGAUAAAUCACCGAUCUACAUCGGCAAGGCUAACCAUGAGAGUGAUCAGAUUCCGGGAAAGAUCAUACCGAGUCGGGGUAUAGCGAGCGUUUGUUACUACGGGAAAGAGCACAAUAAGGACUCGUUCGAGGUGCUGUGUGGCAGCAAUGUUGCUUGGAUAUCUGCUGAAUUUGGCAGGGUACCACCGAACGCUGUUCCUGGUGGUUACACUUCCAGUGGCGAGAUACUCUACAUUGGCCGGACGAAAUACUUGGGCAGUAUAACGCCGGGCAAGAUCCACCGCAGCCAUAGAUGUUUGUACAUUCCGUUCAAUGGACGUGAAGAAAAGUUCGACCGUUACGAGGUGCUGAUCGAGAUAUAA